AUGGAGCCAAACGCCAGCCCUGGACCUAAGUCAAAUAAGAGUGAUGACAGCCAGACAUCAGCUGAUGCACAUGACGAAGCCUCCUUUAGGCCAGCUGACAACAUUAACAACGAUUGCCUUCAGCCGUAUGCUGUAACACGCUGCCAGCAAGACGAUGAGGUCUCAAUCAAAAUGCCAGAAAACAUUGAGGGCAAUCCCCACACCCAUCCACACGCUGUUACCUACCAGAAACAUGAUGGAAUUGCCAUCGAAUCAGCUGACUGUGAUGUCGUCCAGCCCUAUGCCGUUAAAUACGAAGAUGAAACUGUUGGUGACUCAGCAAACAAUGAUGGCAAUCCCGGCAUCCAACGAAGUGCAGUUAACCACCAGAAAAACGAGGAGCCCUUCCUUGGGCCACUCAACUGUGCAACGGCGGCAUCAAACAAUAUCAAUGACGUCUCGACCAGCCCGUCGAGCAAUGAUGUCCUGCAUGCGCUCGAUCCAAAUCCGAUGUACGCUGCCGCAGACAUCAUUAAUAACGCCAAUGAUUUCUUGCAUGCACUUCAUCCAAAUCCGAUGUACGUGCCAAACGCCCGGGUUCCUACAGCGCACGGUUGUGACGUAAAGCCGGAGAAGAUCACGUUUGGUGGGCAGGGAAAAGAACCGGGAAAAUUCCUGAGAAAAAAAGACUACGGAUUCGGAGUUGCCGUGUCUGCUGACAAUGAGAUAUUUGUGACUGAUCGUGACAACAAACGAGUCCAGGUCUUCAGCAUGAAUGGGACCUACCUCCGCCUCUUUCCAACCGUCGUGCCGGGUGAAAGUAUGACGAUGUUCCCUUAUAGUGUUACUUUGGACGUGGGGCCUGGCUACCUGUGGGUACUGGGGAAAGGGGAAUACGAACAACGGGGGUCCGAUAUGUGCUAUAAAGGACAUGUCGUACAGUACAGUAAGAACGGACAGCCCAUUAAAAAGUUUGACGUAAGCCUCAUUAUUAGCUUUUAUCCUGUCAUUGCGAUGGACGUGCGCAACAAUAAAGUUAUCGUGGGAGACGGAUAUACAAUUACGAUGUUUGAUCCAAACGGGUCUCGCUUUUGGAGUUCAAAUGUGCGUACGGCAUUCGGAAUCGGGGGAGUCAUUUGGGAUAAGGAGGGAAAUAUCCUGCUGACGGAUGGGUGUGAAAACGUCCAGAAGUACAAUCAAUCCGGAGUAAAGAUAUUUGAAUUUGGCACCGAUGGAAAGGCUAAUGGCCAACUGGAUUCUCCCAAAGGUAUUUGUCUGGACUCAUCUUGCCACAUCAUCGUGGCGAAUACUAAAAACAACCGGGUAGACAUGUUUACACGACAGGGCGAGUUUGUCCGCACUAUCGUGGACAUUAUACGCCCGUGGGGUGUCGCUAUGGGACCAUGUGGAGAGUUGGUGGUGACUAGCUCACAUACCUACACUGUAACUAUCAUUCCUCGCCACAUGGUGGGUCCUUAA